CGCUCAGACGCCGCGCCCCGCCCCGCGCCAGCUUUGAAAACUCCGUGCAGCUACGGUGGCGGUUCGUGGGUUGCGUCCGCCGUCGCGGACCAGGAGUUCCCUCUCACGGCGCAGGUUUCCGCAGGGAAUAUAUCACUUGCUGGUGAGUUUGCUGUUGCAGUUUCCUGCUAACAUUCAAGAGAAUAUUUAUAAACUUGAUAAGGGCAAGUACUGGAGAGGCAUUGCCAAAGCUUACAGGUGUAUUGGGAGAAAAGAAGAGCAAUGGACAAAAACAGGAAAAGAACCACACAGUGGUGCCUAGAAAUGACCUUUGCACUAAGAAAUAAUAGCAUAAGAAUGAUGCCCACUGUAGUAACACCAGCUGGGCAAGUAAUUGAUGGAAAUCCUACAUGGGGCAGGAUUUAGCCUCCCCAUACUUCUGAAACAAUGAAGAGAAAAUGGGAAGCCAAACUGAAGCAAAUUGAAGAAAGAGCAUCACAGUAUGAGAGGAAACCAUUGUCCUCAGUGUACAGACCAAGAUUGUCCAAGCUGGAAGAACCACCCUCCAUUUGGAAACUAUUUCACCGGCAAACUCAAGCUUUUAACUUUGUCAAAAGCUGUACAGAGGAUGUUCAUGUGUUUGCUUUGGAAUACAAAGUGGGUGAUGGGCAACGUAUUUAUCUCGUAACAACCUAUGCUCAACUUUGGUUUUAUUAUAAAUCCCGAAAAAAUCUCUUACACUGCUAUGAAGUCAUUCCUGAAAAUGCUGUGUGCAAGCUUUAUUUUGAUUUGGAAUUUAACAAACUUGCCAAUCCAGGAGCUGAUGGGGAAAAGAUGGUUGCAUUACUCAUCGAGUAUGUUUGUAAAGCCCUUCAAGAGUUAUACAGAGUUAAUUGUUCAGCUGAAGAUGUUUUCAACUUGGAUUCUAGCACUGAUGAGAAAUUUAGCCGACACUUAAUAUUUCAACUCCAUGAUGUGGCAUUUAAAGAUAACAUUCAUGUUGGUAAUUUUGUGAGAAAAAUUUUGCAGCCUGCUUUUCACUUAAUUGCCAGUGAAGAAGAUAAUAGGAUUCCAGAGACAACAGGCCAUGGAUUUUCCCAUUUUUCUGAAACACCAGUUAAACAAGGAAUUUCCAUGAGCAGAGUGUCUGCAGAUAAGGCUAUGGGAGAGAAUUGGAUAUUGAAUUCUCAGAGACUGGAGGGGCCAGGGUCAGCUAGGCAAAGCAGCUCUGACCUUUCAUUCUUAGUGGUGAAAAAUAGCAGAGGAGAAAAGCAUCUUUUUGUGGAUACAGGAGUUUAUACAAGGAAUAGAAACUUUCGGCUGUAUAAAUCAUCAAAGAUAGGAAAGCAUGUGGCUUUGGAGGUCGCUGAAGAUAACAAAUUUUUUCCUAAAAAGUCAGAGAAUGUUUCUGAAGAAAGUCAAUACUUCCUCUCUUCUUUGGUCAGCAAUGUCAGAUUCUCAGAUACUUUACGAAUUCUUACAUGUGACACAUCUCAGAAUAAACAAAAAGGAGUUGAAUAUUUUAACAGUACCAGUCCUCCAGUGGAAAACCUUGAAGGUUUUCAGUGUUCGCCCUACCCUGAAAUUGAUCAAUUUGUUCUUUCUUUGGUGAAUAAAAAUGGCAUUAAAGGAGAAAUUCGGCGUUGGAACUACUUUUUCCCAGAAGAACUACUGGUUUAUGACAUUUGUAAAUAUCGCUGGUGUGAAAACGUUGGAAGAGCUCACAAGAGUAAUAAUAUCAUGAUUUUGGUUGAUCUGAAAAAUGAAGUUUGGUAUCAAAAAUGUCAUGACCCUGUAUGUAAAGCAGAAAACUUCAAAUCUAACUGUUUUCCAUUACCUGCUGAAGCAUGUCUCCUUUUUCUUCUCAAAGAGGAAGAGGACUUUAUAAAACAAGACGAAACAAUGAACAGUGAAACCAAGAAUCCUCAUAAACCGUCAUCUAGUACAUUGUCAAGCGGUAUAAUUUCUGAUGCUGACUGGGAUAAUGGCAUCGAUGAUACUUAUUUUUUGGAAGCUACUGAAGAUGUUGAAUUAGCAGAAGCUGUAGAGAAUGGUGUUCUUAGUUAUGAUAGUGGAAUGGAUGAAAUUCCUGAUGAACUCAUUACAGAAGUAUUACAAGACUAGCUAAUUAACCGGGGACUCUUACAUAAUCAGGCUGUAAUUUGCCUGAGCACAGAUUAAAUAUGUAAAAAUUUAGUAAAUUAUGAAACCAGUUUAAAUCAACUAAGUUUUAUCACUUUUUCCAAUUCUUGUUUUUUACUGAAAUAAAUUAGUUUUACUGAAAA